UCACAGCUCAGUUCAUUUCCGCAACUUGGAGAGAUGUGGGCUGACUUGAAGCUUAAAGCUGCAAAUGGUUCGACAGGUUCCCUAAAUGAGCGUGAAGUAUUUUCUCCUAUGAAUAUACCACCUCUGUCAAGGAUGGAAGCCAAUGUUGUGGUACUGGGGGCAGAUAAUGUUGGAAAAUCUGCUUUAACCGUUCGCUUUUUGACGAGAAGAUUCAUCGGUGAAUAUGGAGAUAUAGAAUCUGUCUACAAUCACAAAGUGACUGUUGCUGGGAUACAGGUUGCUUUCAAUAUUUGGGACUCUCCGUUUUCUCAGGAUCGACUGAAUAAUAACAACGGAAAGGAGAAACAGAUCCAAUGGGCAGAUGGCUUUGUGUUGGUUUACAGCAUCUGUGACCGAGCCAGUUUCAACAUAGUCCGGCAACAGAUCCAGUUCAUCAAGUCAAUGAAAGCUUAUCCUGGCGCAGACCGAGCUCCCAUCGUCAUUGUGGGAAAUAAGAGGGACCUCUGCCACCGCAGGACGGUCUCCAGUGAGGAAGGAAGACUCUUGGCUCUAGCAACCCACUGCGAAUUCUAUGAAAUCUCCGCAGCAGAAACUUACCAUGGCGCGUUGGUGGUUUUCCACGGUCUGGUGGACAUAAUCAAGGAGUCCAAGCUCCUGACCAUCAGAAAACCAGCCGGGAUAAGGAGCAUCGUUCGGAGUAUGUCUGCUGUGUUCACAAGAAGAAGAACAGAUUCCUUGUGAACUUGACAUCGUAUCGACAGCACAGCGCUGUGCUGCAUGUUUUAGCGUGGACUCUGCCUCGGGUUGUAUUACAUCCUUUGUCAUGAGGUUUACAUCAAUGGUCAGAAUUUAAUAUACGUUUUGGGAUUUUAAAGAUUCCUUUUCUGCUUUCUCACAGUUUGUGGGGACAGAUGGAGCUAGAUGUCGAGCUUCACAUUGGGAGCCUAAAUAAUGAAUGUGGCCCGUUGGCCUUUGUAGUCUAUCCUCACCACCCAUGCCCAUUAUACAGUAUAAUGGGUGGAAACCAAGCACAAGGGCCUUUGUUGAUUCCAUCCUUCAUAUCCCCUUCGUGGGGUACUGAACUGCUAUAACGCCAGCAGAUUAAUGAUCCAAUCUGAUAAGUGUGCUGCUUUUAGGAGAGUGUCUCAGAUGGCUUGUUUCAGAGAGAUUAGCCCACUUCCUCUUGAUCUUGUUGAGCUCUUGGACACAGCCUUAUUCCUCAUUGAAUAAGCUUGCUUGGCGACCAUGAAAUCCGUCCGCUUUGAACCAAGUGAAUGUUAGCUUUCUAAGUGGGUGAUAAAUGUUAAAAGGCAUGGACAGAGUGGAUGUGGCAAAGUUGUUUCCCAUGAUGGGGGAGUCUAGUACGAGAGGGCAUGACUUCAGGAUUGAAGGGCGCCCUUUCAGAACAGAAAUGCGAAAAAAAAUUUUUAGUCAGAGGGUGGUGAAUCUAUGGAAUUUGUUGCCACGGGCAGCAGUGGAGGCCAAGUCAUUGGGUGUCUUUAAGGCAGAGAUUGAUAGGUAUCUGAGUAGCCAGGGCAUCAAAGGUUAUGGUGAGAAGGCGGGGCAGUGGGACUAAAUAGGAUAAAACGGAUCAGCUCAUGAUAAAAUGGCGGAGCAGACUCGAUGGGCCGAAUGGCCUACUUCUGCUCCUUUGUCUUAUGGUCUUAUGGUCAUUGUGCCCGAUGAAAACCUCCCAAUAACGUACUUCUACCCUCACGUGGUGCUGCUGUUGAGGCUCAUUUGGGCAUUUGUAGUAUGACAUAAAUGACUAGCAUGAUAAAUGAAAAUUAUUCUUAGCUUAUUUGAAUUUGCACAUUAUGUUGUCUGACAGUCACUUCCUGUAAAGCGUUCACCAUGAGCUGUAGAGACGAUUACAUUGGUUUCCUCCUUUUCUGGCGAAUGGAUGAAGUGACAUCAUUAACUCACCAAUGAUGUUGGGCCAUAGCAUUCUCCUUCUUACUCUUGAAGACGUUCACCACCUUGAUAGCAAGAUCAGGGUGAGAAAGUCCAUUCGAACCACUGAACGACCCAGUUUUGAACCAACAACUUGUUUCAUAAAGAACUGAAGGGAUUUUACCACCGUUGGUCCUUCUGGGAAUUCACUCCUCACCUUACUCACAGCUUAAUAGAUUUUUAGAUAUUAAGAGAAUCUAGCAAUAUCAUGUUAGUGUAAGUAAGUAGAGCUGAUGUAAAAGACCAACAAUCAUCUUAUUGAAUGUUGGAACAGACACAAGGAACUAAAAGCUUCAAGUUCUUAUGCCUGACUCUCUUCAUACAUAUCACAGAAUUAGACAAUGGCCAUGACACAGAAAGAGUCCAUUCAGCCCCUCAAGUCCAUUCUAGCACAAAGUAUGAGCAAUCCACUUAGUCUCACUCCCCGUCAUUUCCCCAUUGCCCUGAAAAUUCUUUCCUCUUAGAUAAUCAUCCUUUUCUUUCUGGAUGCUACAAUUGAACCUGCCUCUUAAACUAUCACCAGAAAUGCAUUCCAGACUCUAACCAGACACUUCGUGUAAAAAGUUUAUUUCUAUAUGAAGAACUCUGUGAUAGCUGCCUUGACUUAAUCUUGAAAAAAUGACAUCUUGAUUUAUAAUAUUCCAACAUUAUCUUUUCCAAUCUACAACUAUCUAAUAUAUCAUGAGUUUGAAUAAUUAAUCCACUUCUAAAUAUUACAAUAGUUCUAACUCAUUCGUAUUUUCUCAUUCUUGCUCACUUGAAGUAGAUCAACUUCUUAUUCACAUAUAUUAAAAUGGUUCCAAUGCACCUAGGUUAGACCGGCUUAUCUUCUUGGACAGAGUAACACACACAAGAUACUGGAGGAACUCAGCAGGUCAGGCAGCAUCUAUGGAGAGGAAUAAAGGCCAAUGUUUUGGGCUGAGACCCUUCAUCAGCACACUGCAUUUACCUUCUUGGACAUUUCUUUAACUCUGAGUCACUUCAGCCUGAAGUUGGGCUUGUUCCCAAUGGACAAAACAUUGAGCUAUUCCAGAUGGAUUGAGGAAAAUUAUGGUUGAUUCAGGCAAAGGAUUGUGAAGUUAAAAAGUGGAGGAAUCCUUUCAUCCAAAACACUAAUCAGGGAAGUGAAUGGAAAUGAAUGUCAAACUAUAUUUACUAUCUAAGUACGUAUACAUCACCAUAUACGGCACUACCUUGAGAUUCAUUUCUUGCAGGCGUUUACAGAAAUACAAUAGAAUUUAUGAAAACUCUACCUAAACAAAGACUGACAAACAACUAAUGUGCAAAAGACACUCUGUGCAAAUAAUAAUGCUAAGAAGAUGUGUUGUACAGUCACUGAAAGUGAGUCCAUAGGUUGUGGAAUCAGUCCAGUGUUGGGGUGAGUGAAGUUACCCACGAUGGUCAAAGAGCUUGAUGGUUGUAGGGAAAUAACUGUUCCUGAAUCUGGUGGUGUUGUCCCUAGGCUCCUGGAGCUCUUUGCCAAUGGUAGCGAAAAAAAGAGUGCAUGGUCUGGAUGGUGGAGGUCCUUGAUAUAUUAGUGGGUUCAGAAGAGAAGCAAUUUUCUGUGGAGUGUAAAUGACGGGAAGGUGGGUUGAGUUCAAUCCAUCUAAAAGAGAUGGGCUUUAUAGGCCUUAUGACCUUUUCCUCUGCUCUUCAAGAUUCUUAUGCUAACUUGAGAAGAACUUUUGUGGUAAGACGACGCCUAGAGUUCCUGUAAAUGUUCAAACAUGGAACUUUUGCCUGAUAUUAAACAGUGUUAGGAAAAAACAUAUUUAUACUCUUAACAGUUUCUGUCUGGGCCUUUGCAGCUUAUUUAUAGAAUCUGGUCAAAGUUGAUCAGCACAUAUGAAACUAUUGUAGUAGUAAUAUAUAAAAAUGUUAACUGUAAAUACACAAGGUUUUAUGCACAGUAUGUGUGAAGCUAUAUCUGGUGCUGUAUUUCAUUCAGCCUGCUGCUGAGACUACUGUGUUAACAAUAAACGUUUUCUCUUGGGGAGAA